UGAACUUUGAACUAUCUUUGAUUAAAGUUCGAAGUUGUACAUGCGAUAAAUAAUUUGCCCAUGUCACCUAUCUACAUAUCUUCAUAUCUACAUAAUCAUCUGUCUCUUUAACAAGCCUGUUUCCAUUUCCAUGCUAUUUGAAUCUUAGACGAUUCAAAUAAAACAUAGUGGGCAUGAUGUUAUGACUGAUGUACCAUGCCUAUUCUCCCCUCACUCUCCCCGCCGUCAAGUUUACGCCUUGGCUUGCGGGCGAUCGCGGGCAAGUCCGGAAAUUCGUUGAUAUCUUCAGCUGCUCGCUCCUUUUCCACAAGACAUUCUCCCAUACCACCAUGCCUCCAAUAUAGUAACGGGGGCCUAGGCGCUUACAGCCCUUCUAGGAUUCAGCCAAAGCAUCGCACCGAAAGCCACUUACCUAGGAUACAAGUUCGAACACUAUUUCGGUUCCGCGCAAUCACAAAUUACGUGAACCUACCUGAAUCUUACCAAGAUGAUACCGGGCUGCCCUUUCGAAGAGAAGAUCUGAACCAAAGGGAAAUCAAUGUGAUAUUUGGCCCGCACCUUGAGGCCGAGCGAGGAAACAGACUGCUAAGGAUAAUACAUGGUCGUCGGGUAGCAGGAACUCUGGAUGACCCGAAUCUUUCAGUCAACACCGAUGCGUUCAGUGAUGCCGACCGAGCAAAAGCCCUGGAAUAUCUGCGUGCCAAUAUUCCCGUAGACGAGAUCGUUAAUGCUGGCCUACGGGCCGAGGAUGAGCUCAGGUAUCUCGAGGAGCAGGAGCAACAAGAGCAACAAGAACGAGAAAAGGAAGCCAUCGAUCAACCAGUCGAAGAGAGUAGUCCGGAACGGCCAGCGCCACAGUCACCAGCACAACCCCCCGCCGUGGUAGAAAAGGUGAAUGUACCCAUCGGCCAGCUUCCGAAAAAGCCCAAGUCUGACUCCCCGUACGGAGAAAGUCUAUUUGACAAAAUCCGAGCGCGCAAUACCGCACGGCGCGAAGCUGAGGAGAAAAAGGCAGAGGAAGAGCGGUUGAAGCGCGAGGAGGAAGAUGCCAAGAACAAUAUUGGAACCCUACAGACGCAAGUGAAUAAGCCUAGGGAGUUAAGCCCUUUCAUGCAGAAAUGGGCUGCCCACGCGACUUCCGAUCUCAAAGAACCGCCCCCAUUGAAGCCUUGGGAGCGACUACUACCUUCCGUGGCCAUGACCGUCUUGGUUCUCGCCGGAUGCGCCAUCUUUGCUGUUAUGUAUACGCCCCCAAGGCUAUCCCAGAGAGCAUGGCCGGAUAUACCUCCAGCUGCCGCGACUUGUCUCACUCUGAUCGGACUCAACUUGUCCGUUUACUUUUUGUGGAAAGUCCCAAUGCUCUGGAAAUUCCUUAACCGGUAUUUCAUCGUGGUAGCUGCGACGCCGCGGCCCUUUCAGUUGGUUGGAGCCAUAUUUUCGCACCAGAAGUUUAGCCAUGCCAUUAUGAACAUGGUGGGGUUUUGGUUCUUCGGUACUCGGCUCCACGACGACAUUGGCAGAGGAAAUUUCCUGGCGAUCUACUUUUCAUCGGGAGUGCUGGGCUUCAUGACUAGUCUGUCAUAUCUGGUUUUUACUAAAGCGUUGGAUUGUACAACACUCGGUGCGUCGGGCGCAAUCUACGGCGUCGCUGCUGCGUUCUUCUGGUUGCAUAAGUACGACGAGUUCAAAUUGUUCGGAUACCCGCCAGACCCAUUGUCGGGACCGCAAGGCUUAGCGUUCAUCGGCCUGAUGUUGGGCCUACAUAUCUUCCCACUUUUCUCGAAGAGGGCGCGUAGUGUCGACAUACCGUCACAUUUGGGAGGCUUGGUGGCUGGCGUGAUCGGGGCGGAUCUCGUUAAGAGGCACAUGGAUGAGAAGGCGAGGGUAAGGGCCGAAAAACUGAAAACCAUGGGAGUGCUGGAGAAGACUAUACAAGUCAAGGAUGCUGAAAAGGCACUGUAACCAGCUGCUGGGUAUUGAGCUAACCUGGAAGUAUCUAUGAAGGAAGAUGUUUGCUCGUUGGAUACUUGGUAACUCUCCAUUCACCCUGUAUACUAGAUAGUAUAGAGUAAACUUGUGUACCUAAUAGGCACAAAAGACAAACACACAUAAAUAUGAAGACCAAUACAUACAAUGAAGACUUAAUACCGAAAGAUCCAAUGUUCUAAUAACCUACAUGAAACAGUAUGUUAUGCAAGCCAUUUUAGGCCAACAGAGAACCUUGGAAACUUGAUCUUAAAAUACACGAAUGCGCAUUGUGUAUUCUUUUGGUCUUCCUAGUUGGGUAAGUUGGGUAAGUUGGGUUGGCUCUUGAUGGUGUGUUGUUAGUGUAGAGGCCUAACAAUAACGAUAUAUAUAAUUAGUGUCUACGAU